CCUCGCUUCGCUUGCCAUCCCCACUCCCUAGACGAGGCGACAGAGGGAAGGAAGCGCGGGCCCUCCGGCGACGGCGAGCCCCUCGCCGCCGCGUCCCGACCGGAUCGGGCCAAGGCCGCCCCCCUCCCCCCCGCGCACGCUCGCCGGAGAUGGCGACCCCGAAGCGGCUCCCGUACACGACCGCGGGCGCUGGGGGCGGGGCGAGGCGCGGCUCCGGCACGGUGCCGCCGGUGGUGGUCCUCGUCUUCCUCUUCGUCGUCGCGCCGUCGAUCUUCCUCGUCGCGCGCAGCGGAGGCCGCGUCCACGUCCACGUCGCGUCCGAUCCCAAGGGUGCGAAUGGCAAUCAGGAAACAGAUUGGCAACAGCAACUGGUGACAAACAAUCUGAAAACUGUUUUGUCUAAGGAGGUGAUCGAUGCUAUAGCUGCCAGUCAACAAGAAACAGGCACUUUGAAUCUUGACUUUUUUAGGGAUCAUGCAUCUCCCUCUUGGAAAACUGAUGAUCUAGUUGAUCACAAGAUGAAUACUAGUUUGGAUGUUGAUGACAAGGCAAAAGCUGAAAACAGUACUGCAGAACAUGAUUUAUCUCUUACAUAUAAACCACCCAAGGAUGGUUCUGAUGGACAUCAAGGUGACACAGCAGUAAAAAUAGCUCGAAGGAAAUUACGGGAGCAAAGGCGAGAAAAGAGAGCAACGGAUUUGGUACUGAAAGAUGAUGAAGCACAUGUUAAGCUGGAGAAUGCAGCUAUUGAGCGAUCAAAGGCUGUAGAUUCUGCUGUCCUUGGGAAAUACAGCAUAUGGAGAAAAGAGAAUGAGAAUGAGAACUCGGACUCAACAGUUAGGUUGAUGAGGGACCAAAUUAUUAUGGCUCGUGUUUAUUCUGUGCUUGCAAAAUCAAAGAACAAGCAUGAUCUUUAUCAAGAACUGCAGAGUCGAAUCAAGGAAAGCCAGCGGGCUGUUGGAGAGGCUACUGUUGAUGCUGACCUCCAUCACAGUGCACCUGAGAAAUUGAGAGUAAUGGGUCAAGUUUUAUCUAAGGCCAGAGAAGAAGUGUAUGAUUGCAAGGUGGUAACUCAGAGACUAAGAGCAAUGCUUCAGUCAGCAGAUGAACAUGUCAGGAGCUUGAAGAAGCAGAGUACAUUUCUUAGCCAGUUGGCUGCAAAGACAAUUCCAAACAGCAUUCACUGCUUGUCUAUGCGCUUAACUAUAGACUACUAUCUUCUUCCUCUGGAGAAACGAAAGUUCCCCGGAAGUGAAAACUUGGAAAAUCCAGCGCUCUACCAUUAUGCACUUUUCUCGGACAAUGUAUUGGCUGCCUCAGUUGUUGUGAACUCAACCAUCAUGAAUGCUAAGGAGCCUGAGAAACAUGUUUUCCAUCUGGUGACUGAUAAGUUAAACUUUGGAGCCAUGAACAUGUGGUUUUUGCUGAACCCACCUGGCAAGGCCACCAUUCAUGUUGAGAAUGUGGAUGAAUUUAAGUGGUUGAACUCAUCAUACUGUCCUGUUUUGCGGCAACUGGAGUCUGCUGCCAUGAAAGAGUAUUAUUUCAAGGCUGAUCGUCCCACUACUCUUUCAGCAGGUUCUUCAAACCUAAAGUACCGUAACCCCAAGUACCUAUCCAUGCUGAAUCACCUGAGAUUUUAUCUCCCACAGAUCUAUCCGAAGUUGGAUAAGAUACUUUUCCUGGAUGAUGACAUAGUUGUGCAGAAAGAUUUGACAGGAUUAUGGGAUGUUGAUCUGAAUGGAAAGGUCAAUGGUGCAGUGGAGACAUGUGGAGAGAGUUUCCACCGUUUUGACAAGUAUCUUAAUUUUUCAAAUCCGCAUAUUGCUCGGAACUUUGAUCCUAAUGCUUGUGGUUGGGCUUAUGGGAUGAACAUCUUUGAUCUAAAGCAGUGGAAGAAAAAAGAUAUUACCGGGAUCUACCACAAGUGGCAAAACAAGAAUGAAGACAGGGUUCUCUGGAAGCUUGGGACACUUCCACCUGGCCUCAUGACGUUCUACAAGCUGACACACCCCCUUGAUAAAUCGUGGCAUGUCCUUGGAUUGGGAUACAACCCAAGCAUAGACCGCUCAGAGAUAGACAAUGCCGCCGUCGCUCAUUACAAUGGGAACAUGAAACCAUGGUUGGAGCUGGCAAUGACUAAGUACCGCCCAUAUUGGACAAGGUAUAUAAAGUAUGAUCAUCCUUAUAUCCGUGGAUGCAACUUGAGUGACUAGAAACAAGAGAGGAUCACCCAUCUGCAACUAAAAUGUCCUGUUCUCCCUGAGAUAUGUACCUAGAUUAAGUCAGGUGUAUAAGCUGGAGCUAUUGGUUGCCUACGCCCUCUGAAAAUUUCUGAUGGACGCCCUCGUGAAGGAUGUGUUACAGUCUUAACAGUUCCUUUGUUCAAUUGAUGUGCAGCUUUGUUUCGUCAACAAAA